AACAGCACCUACUGCCGUUAUUGAAUCCGUCCCAUGUGGCCUGGUGACGUCAUCGGGGGCGCCAUCUUGAAUUGCAGUACCUGCAGCAGAGGUGCCCCGCAUGAAGGGCUGAUGCGGCAAAUAUUCCAACAUCUUUCCAUCACUUCACAGUAGUCGCGGCAUUUCCCAGUGGAGGUACCUGGACUGUGUGAGCGGGAUUAUCUCCAACCAGCCACCCGGUGAAAGGGAUAUACCUAUACCGUAGGGUCUACCGUUACCAGUCCCCAUCCCUGCACGUUCUGACCGCCUACAAGCACCAUGACGGACGCCGAUCCAGCAGCCGCCACCAACGGACCCAUGUCCGAGGCGGACGAGACCGCGGCCAUCCAGAAGCGCUGCGACGAGGUCACAGACGAGUCUCUGGAGAGCACCCGUCGGAUGCUGUCAUUGAUGGAAGAGGGAAAAGAAGAAGGAAUCAAAACCCUCGUCGCACUUGAUGAACAAGGAGAACAAUUGGAAAAGAUCGAAGAAGGACUGGACCAGAUCAACAAGGACAUGAAAAUUGCUGAGGGCGCUCUGAAAGAUUUAGAAAAGUGCUGUGGACUCUGUGUUCUUCCUUGGAAUAGAACCAAGGACUUUGACAAAGAGCAGGAGAGUGAGAACCCGUGGAAGGCCAAUGAGGACGGCCAGGUAGUAAACAGCCAGCCCGUGCGCAUGGACGACCCGAGCCAGACCGUCCAGCUGUCCGGAGACUUCAUCAUGAGAGUCAACAAGGAUGACGCACGAGAAGACGAAAUGAACGAGAACCUGGGACAGGUCAACAGCCUGAUUGGUAACCUGAAGCACAUGGCCGUGGACAUGGGGACUGAGAUCGAGGGCCAGAACCGCCAGAUCGACAGGAUCAAGUCCAAGUCCGAUUACAACGAGAUUCGUGUGAAAAGCGCGAACCAACGGGCGACCAAACUGCUGGCCAAGGACUAGAGCAGGCCCCGCAAUGUUGCACAACUCUCUUUUCGUCAGCUGUCUGUGUGUCGACGUUUAUGUUGUAUUUCAUGUUGUGUGGUCGCUCUUCUCGGUGUCCCGGAGUACGUACUUCUAUCGCAUAAACGCUUGCAUGACCACAGGGGCCUCGUGGGCAAACGCUUUCCGUAUAAUAACAUGCUAGUCAUGUUAAUCUGCAAUAAAACCUGAUAAUCAAGAAUCCAUGCUCCUCCGUCAGCCGUGCAAAGCCAGGUCAAUAGUGACUGUGAAAGCAACAGAACCGUAGGACCAAUUCAACCGCGGGAGUUUUGUUUCACAAGGAUCAUGAACUCCUCUGCAACGCAUAGUCUUACCGUUUCCUACGCAGUGUUUGUACCAUUUGACAAAGGGGAAUUUUACGGGGAUGAUGUGAGGAGCAAGGAUGUAAUAAACUAGAUAAAUGGGGGAAAAAGAGAUAAAAAGAUAUGCAACUUAGAAGAAAGGGAGGUUGUAUCAUCGAUUGUAAAGCCAAUGUUGAUUGAAGGGAGAUAAUUCUUGCUGUGUAUGAUACAAGGAUUUGUAUAGCUAUAAAGACUACAUAUAGUUACGUGUGUGUAGACAGUGUUCAAGUCUGUGUCUCGAUGUGUACGUAGUAAACAGAAUAGCCGUUGUAGUGUUUGUUCAAAGCUUCAACUUCACUGUGUAAUGUUGGUAUUUCAGGCGGUAAUUAACAAGAAUCGCAUUGAGGACGCUGAUAAGAGAACGAAGCGAGCCCUGGUGAAAGCCAAGUAGAACAUGUUCCCGCGGCUGCUGGGGACAGCUAGGGUGGGUAGGCAGUAUGGACGGAUACCUUUAGCACUAUAGAUAGCUAAUAGCAUAUUUCUACUUCAGUUUGAACUGUCAGUCGCCAUACCAAAGUGUGCGAGUUCCGACUAAAUGUCCCAUCAUGUCCACGUUGGGGCUGCAACUAGGAAAUGGGAAGUUAAAUAAUGAUGUAUUAAAUAUUCCAAUAGCAACAACAAUGUUCAUUGUGCCGUGUAUAGUCGAUAUCUCGCCAGGUUGGGGAAGAACAACAUGGUGAAACUGGUCACGACAGAUUCUGUAUAUGAAAACAACGAAAGCAAGGUGCAAUUGUACAAUGAUACUGUGGAAUGACUCAUAGAACAGAAGGGUUUAAAACAGAUGAAGGGGCGUCCGACUUCACCCCCAUAGGUCAUGUCACAGUAGUUUGUCCCGUUUAUAUUUUACCAUUCUUCAUCUUACCCUAAGUGUUCCACCAACCCCUGUAUUGUAUAUGAAUAUAGAUUAAUCUAUGUUAGCACAGAAGCAAAUUAUAUCAGGACAAAUAUAUGCUCGCGAAAACAAA